AUGAAUGAAGGAGAGGAAUACAGACUCGAUGCUUCCUUUCCGAAAGAUAAUGAUGAUGGAUCAUUCCGAAGCGCCAUUCGAUUCAGAGAGUUGGGUGCUAAUAUUGAACAUUCAGAUCGGGAUCGAGGAGAAUGGGUUUCCAUUGUUGAAAACCCAAGAAGAAAUCCUUUCAUAAUGGAAAAUGAAGCAUCGCUUAAUGAUGACUUGUCUCAUCAUCCAUUGAGACAAAUGAAUCAUUCAUUCAAUAAUAAUAAUAAUUAUAACAACUACAAUUCCAUGCAUCAUCAUCCAUUGAACCAUCAAGAUAGAUACAGACUCAACGAUGUUCAACGACGGCUCAUUGCCGAAAGAUUUACCACUCAAAUCAUGAACAAAUUAUUUCAUUGGUUCGAAAAUACGAAAUUAUUUAAAACAUCCAUGCAUUAUGCCAACGAAUGGAGAAGCAAAAUGUCAAAAAAUCCAUCCUAUGUGAUGAAUGAACGAGCUCUUUCAAAUCCAUUGGAAGCAAGAUAUUACAACUACAGUCAUUACAAUCAAGAGAGUGCAAUUUAUUCUCGACAUGAAUCAUUCAUUAGAAAUAUUGUGGAUUCGAUCAUUACAUUUAGGAAGAUGCUUUUUUCUGCCGCUGGUCUCGAAGAAGGCACAAGUGGUACCAACCAUUCUGAAGAGUACUACGAUCGAACACUGGCAGAGGAUAUUGCAAAUAGGAUUGACAGAUAUACACUUCAAGAGAGAAGAGGAAGAAGUACCUCUUCCUCAACACGCUUUUAUAACAACAACAACAGUAAUCAAUUUUUCACGCAGUGGAAACUCUCGGACAGGCUUAAACAAGUGUUUGAGGGAUUUUUGAAAAUUUUCAAAGCAAUCUUCAGGUUGAUCACGAAUAUGAGAAUUCCACACGAUCGAUGA